AUGGAAAUCACUAUCAUAUCAGCUCAAGGUCUCAAAAACACCACCACCUGGUGGCGGCUCCGCCCUUUCGCCACCGUCUCAACCGUUGCUACCGCCUCCAUCUCCGCCGCCACCACCGAAGUUUACGCAACUAAUGUAGAUGAAAAUGGAGGUGAAAAUCCAAAAUGGGGUGACAAAUUUCACCUUCCACUUGAUGCUAGUCUAUUUUUACAUGGACAUUUAUGCAUAUAUCUUCAAAUAUAUUCUAAAAUUUUCUUUAACCGUCGGAGUGAGCUAGGGUGGUGUAUGAUUCCGGCGGCCGAUGUUUUCGACAGAUUGCUUCCGACAGGUUUUGUCCGAAAAUUUACUUAUCGGCUAAGAAAUAAAGAUGGUUCAAGAGGUCAUGGAGUUGUAAAUGUUUCUGUGAAAAUGGAAGCUUCGUUUCUUUUAGGAAUGCAACCUCAAAGGUCGCCGUUAAUGGCGUACUUACCGGAGGUGAGUGAUUGCUCGCCGGUACCGAUCAUUGGUAUUCCGGUGACAUCGUCAUCAGCAAAUAUAUAA